AUUAUCUACGUCAUCGACCUUGUACUGAAGAUCUAUGUUUACUAUCUCGUCCUUGCCUGGCUGAAAAUCCAUCCUCUUCAUUAUCUUUUCUUCAUCUUUUUUGCUCAAAAGGAGAAAGCAAAAGAUUCAGGUGUACGGAUGGUGUGUAACUUCAGCCAGCCAUAUCAUCUUUCAUGUUGA